ACCUUGGAUGUUCUUUAAAUAAGAUGAAAAGGCUAUUAUUCUAAUGAACAACAUGAAGCCAAAAGAAAAUCCAAGGCGUUUGCAGAAAGAGGUUAUAAAAGGCUCCGAAAUAUUUCAUCCGAACCAUAAACUUGUUAACACACCUAAAGAACAAUGAUGCAGUAAUGGGAAUGAAUACACACGUCCAUUUGACUGCUGUGAUGGAAAGGAUUUUAUAAGCAAAUAGUCGUAAAUACUGGCGGAAGAAAAUGAUAUUUUACGGCUGAAUCAUCACCGGAGAAUGAGAGGAAGAUGUUCGCUUACAGGACUCUGUUUAGGAUUGACCGUGUAUUUGGGUUUACGAGUAGAUGUUUUCAAUCGAAACCGGAAUCUUUUAGUAUCCUGAGCUUUAGGGGAAGUGAGAAGAGUGCCAUGGAUGGAUAUAAGAAGCAGAAGAUGGUAAAUUUAGUGUGGAGACCCAUCUCCACUCAAACCUCUUCAGUUAUUGCUGAAGCUGGAAAUGAAGUCCAAGAAGUAGCUCAGUGUAGCAAAUCAAGUGAUGUUUCUAAGGAAGUUAUUGAAGGAGAGACAGCUUCAGUUGUUUCAGCUGGAAAGCAUUCAGUUUCUCUUGAGGUUGGGGCUUCUUUGAUUAAGUUCAUUAGAGGGAAAGAAGGAACGACGCAGAUGAAACUUGAAGAGGAAAUGGGAGUGAAGAUCAUUCUUCCAUCAUCAAGGAACAAAGAUCAUAUCAGCAUUGAAGGCGGUUCAGUGGAUUGUGUGACUAAAGCUUCAAAAAGAAUAGCAACCAUUAUCGAUGAGGUUGUAAGGAGUCCAAGUCUCGACUACUCACACUUUGUAUCACUUCCAUUAGCCAUACAUCCUGAGUUAGUGGACAAGCUAGUGAAUUUUCAGAAUUCUAUCCUCGGGAUCCAUAGCAUAGCUAGUGAUAAGCAAGACGACCAAGCUAAUAGAGCAACCACAAGUGUGGCAGUUGAUCUAAAAGCUAAUAGUGAAACAAACCAGGUCAAUGUGGGUAUCAAGAGCAUACCAAUUGUCAGUUACCCGCCUAAGGCCAAAUCAAAGUCAUCUACUUUAUUGGACUUAGGAAUUGAAAAGUCCAUAUUUAUUAAGCCAAGUACUUUUCACUUGACUGUGGUUAUGCUGAAGUUAUGGAACAAAGAUCGUGUCAAUGCAGCGUGUGAUGUUCUGAAGAGUAUAUUUCCUAGUGUGAUGGAUGCUUUGGAUAACAAACCAGUAUUCAUUAGACUUAAAGGAUUGGAUUGUAUGAGAGGACCAUUAGACAAGACUCGUGUUCUCUAUGCUCCUGUUGAAGAAAUUGGUGAUGAAGGCCGGCUUUUACGUGCUUGUCGUAUCCUAGAUUUUAGUACGAAUGUUAUUUAUAGUAGUGGCAUGGUUAGACCGUUAAAUUAAGAGUUUAGUGUAAAUGCUUUCGAUUUUCUUAAUACCAAGUUCAGAAGUUAUUACUGAUGCAUUUGUGAAAGCUGGGCUUGUUCUCGAGAAAGAUGCAAAGCAAAGCUUGAAGGUAAAAGCUUUCUGAGUAUGACGAGAUUGUUGCAGUCACUUAACGUUAGCCAAAGGCUCAGAACUAAUGGAAUUGGAAGUAGUGAAUCGUGCUUCUGUUUCAUACUUUUUCCUUUCUUUGCAGCUGCAUGUGACCGUGAUGAAUGCGAGGCACAGGAAAAGGAGAAAGAACAAUAAGAAGAAGAUGGAGACGUUUGAUGCAAGAGAGAUACACAAACAGUUUGGAAACGAAGACUGGGGAGAAUAUCUGAUCCAAGAAGCUCAUCUCUCACAGCGUUUUGUGUUCGACCAGAACGGUUAUUACCGUUGCUGUGGUUCAAUACCAUUUCCAGGAGAACAGAGAGCCUGAGAAGAAUCAUCUAACCAGCGGCCACAGUCUCAAAUCUCAAGCAUCUUCACAGGUUUUGGUCCCGUGGUAUGAGCACUUACAACUUUGAGAAGAGAACCUGAUAAAAUUGUAAAGUUGUACCGGUCAUCUUGUGUUAACCAAAUAGUUGUCUUCGGUUUGGUUCUUUCUUGGUCUUUGUUCAAUAAACCGAGCCAAAACGUUCUUGUACUCUUUCUACAAGGUAAUAAAAAGGUUCUUAGUACAUUUAAUAGAAAAAUGAUUAUUUACAGC